AUGGCUAAAUCUUUUUAAGAUAAGGUCCAAAGUAUCAUUAAGGAUAAAAAGUUAGAGCUAACUGCUGAUCAAUAUAUGGCAAAAAAUAGAUGUAAUAUUUUAACUGUUAAUUUUUUCUCAGUUGGAGGAUCAUAUGUGGAUGAUUCAGAAGUUGAUGAACUAGACUUACCAGAUGAACUCUAAUAAACUGCUCUUGAGAUAAGGAAAAAAUUAUUCGCUGAAUCGCAAAGAAAGAUGAUUAAGAAACUUUCACCAGUUCAGACUUACUUCUCACUUGUCAAAGGAUUUAUUGCGAUUGGAGUUAUGUACGCACCUAAGAACUUUUAUAAUGGAGGUUGGCUCUGGGGAGCUGUAGCGAUGUUUUUGGGAUUCUUCUUGACUUUAAUCUGCAUUAUUAAGUUGAUUGAAGCAAGAACAGUACUUGGAGGUGGAUCCUUUUCUGAAAUUUCAUUUAAAGCUUUUGGAACUAAGGGGAAAAUCGUUGCUGAUAUUUUAAUGGCCAUCUAACAGGUAGGCUUCUGUAUAGGAAUGGUAUAUUUUGUGAUUACAAGUUUGAGAGAGGUAGUCAAUGAUAUCUGGGAUGUUGAUUCAGACUAAAUUUGGUAUGCUGUAUUUUGUCUUGUGGUAAUAACACCACUAUGUUUCGUAAGAAGAAUCGAGAAGUUUUCCUUCACUUUCCUAUUUGCUGAUAUGAUGAUUGUUAUAGCUUCUAUAGCUAUCAUAGUUUAUGCUUGCAUUCGAGUGAAGGAUUAUGGAUGGGGAGAUAAUGUUUAACUUUUUAAUAAUGACACAUGGCUAACUAUGAUUGGAUCAGCUGUAUAUUCAUAUGAAGGAAUUGGAGUUGUAAUCCCUAUUCUUGAAGUUACUAAUGCCCCUGAAUUAUUUCCUCGUAUCCUAACAAUGGUUUUAUUGACAGUAUUCGUACUUUACUCAGGUUUUGGAAUCUUUAAUUUGUUCGCAUAUGGAGAGUAUCUUCAUGAUAAACCUCUAAUAACAAUGGCUCUUGGACAAGGCUGGGUAGUUUAUGUCAUCAAAAUAAUGUUUGCCAUCAAUAUUGUAUUCUCCUAUGCACUCAUGGUUUUCCCAGCAACAUUAAUUUUUGAGGAUUACUUGUUUAGUAGAAUGCCUAAAUCUCGAUAAAGAUAAUGGCUUAAAAAUCUCUCAAGAACAUUGACUGUUGUCUUUACAUUAGUUAUUUGCAUUCUUCUUGGAGAUAAACUUGAUAAAUUCUUAUCAUUAAUUGGAACUAUAGCUUCAACACCAGUGGCAUUUACCUUGCCUUGCAUGUUCCACUAUGUGAUUUGCAAACCAGAUACCAAGGGCAAGGUGAUUGAUAUUGGAAUUAUUAUUUUGACAUUGAUUAUCCUAAUAUUCUGCUCAGGAUUUAAUAUUUGGACUUGGAACGAUUGA